GCCCGCCUGAGGGAGAGGGAGAGAGAGAGGCAGAGGGAGGGAGAGCGCCGCCUUCGUGCCACUCGGGCUCCCGGCCGGCGGGGGAGAAGAAGAAGAGCCGCAGCCGCCUCGGCCUCCCUCCCACCCGCUGCCCUCCUCGCCCCGCAGCAGCAGACGACGACGACGACGACGCCCUCCUCCGCCGAGAUGCCCCCCAGCAGUCACUCCCUGCGCCGACGGCAGCGCCCCCCCUGGAAGGCGCUCUGCCUGCUCUGGGCCUCCCUCCUCCCGCCGGCCGUCCUGCCCGCCCAGGUCAUCGAAGAACGAGGCUCAAAGGGGCACCUGGACCUCACAGAACUAAUAGGCGUCCCCCUCCCCCCUUCCGUCUCUUUUAUCACCGGCUAUGGAGGGUUUCCGGCAUACAGUUUUGGACCGGAUGCUAACAUUGGCCGCCUGACGAGGACUCUGAUACCUCAACGGUUCUACCGGGACUUUGCUAUCACUGCCACAGUCAAGCCAAACAGUGACCACGGAGGGAUGUUGUUUGCCAUCACCGAUGCCUUCCAGAAGAAGAUUUAUUUGGGAGUCAGGCUGUCGCUGGUAGACGAUCGCACCCAGAGGAUAAUUAUGUAUUACACCGAACCCCGGUCUCACAUAUCCAGAGAGGCGGCUUCGUUCAAAGUCCCGGUGAUGACCAACAAAUGGAACCGCUUUACGUUGACGGUGCAGGACAACGACAUUGUGUUGUUCUUGGAUUGUGAAGAGUAUCACAGGAUCCAGUUCCAGCGAUCUUCUCAGGCUCUGUUCUUUGAGCCGAGUUCAGGAAUAUUUGUUGGGAAUGCGGGAGCCACAGGAUUAGAAAAGUUCACUGGCUCCAUUCAGCAGCUGACCAUCAAACCAGACCCAAAGGCUGCCGAAGACCAAUGUGAGGAUGACGAUCCCUAUGCAUCAGGAGAGAGCAGCGGCCAUGAGGACAUCCAGGAACAGGAAGGUAUCCCUGAGACACAGGAAGUCGUUCGGCCCACACCCACCCACAUCCCACUCUUUGCCGCUCCUUAG